AUGCCCUCCCGAGGCUCCGAGACAGCGUCCUGCAGAGGACACGGCGCCGAGACGCAGGCCACCGCCGGCCAGCACCGCAGCGCGCCCGGGCCACGCGGGGAGGUCCGAGCGGGUGCGCGUCGUGCGCUCACCUGCCCCGCCGUCGAGAGCGCCGCCAUCGCGCCGCGGGGAGCGCAGGAGCACGCGACGACGCCGGCGAGCGGCCGGCCCCGGCGGCGUCGCCGACCCUCCGCCAGGUCGCACCGAGGCGUACGCGGGCCUGCCUUGCUGUCCUCGCCGAUCCGUCCCCAAACCCCGGGAAGCCGCCACCAAAGACAGACAAAACCUCCCCGUCAACAACGAACAGCCUCGCGGGCGACGCAGGAAGUCCCGCCCCAGGAAACGCGGCCCGCCAACGCCCCCUUCGCGAACCGCAGCGUCGCGUCCCUCCCGGCCGCCGUUCCCAUGGUAGCAGCAACCUUUAUGGUCCCUGGACAGGGCCAUGUGACCUUUGAGGAUGUGGCGGUGUCCUUCUCCCAGGAGGAGUGGGGGCUCCUCGGUGAGGCUCAGAGACUCCUGUACUAUGACGUCAUGCUGGAGAACCUGUCCCUGAUAGCCUCCCUGGAACAAGUGACACGAGACAGGAAUCCACGGGUGGACUCAUCUAUCCUGAAGGCUGUCACUUCCACUGACGUGUGUGCUCUGGUGGAGAAAACCCUGCCCUCUUCUGGGGCUUCUGGGAAAAUUCUCACUUCUCACUUGCAGCAGUGUCAGACACAGCUAAGUGGAGAGAAACGUCUCAGGAAGGACGAGAAGGGGGCCUUGCUCGUGACAAGCUGCAAGAUCUUUGUACCUGACACUGUGUUCACAUGUGGAGAGGUUGAGGAGGAUUUCCUUGGUAGCCUUGGCUUUCUCCAGCACCAGCCCUCCCACGAUGGAGAGCAUCCACGCAGAAGCAGGCAGAGCAGGGGAGCCUCUCACCCUGGGCAAGGGCAUUACAAAUGCAGCGAAUGUGGCAAAGCCUUCAGUAAGAAGUACAAAUUCACAGAGCACCUGAGAGUUCACACCGGAGAAAAGCCAUAUAAGUGCAAUGAUUGCGGGAAAUUCUUUAGACUCCGGGGGGGUCUCUCUCAUCAUCGGAGAGUUCACACAGGAGAAAAGCCUUUCGAUUGCAGUAAAUGUGGGAAAGUCUUCAUCUACAAAUGUAAGCUUGUUCAGCACCAAAGAGUCCACACUGGAGAAAGACCCUAUGAGUGUCAGGAAUGUGGGAAAGCUUAUGCCCGCAAGGAUUCACUUGUCCAACACCAAAAAAGAAUACACACUGGAGAAAAGCCUUUUAAGUGCACUGAAUGUGGGAAGUCCUUUAGUUACAAAACAAGUCUUAUUAUCCACCAGAGAACUCACACUGGAGAAAGGCCUUAUAUGUGUGGUGAGUGUGGGAAAGCUUAUGUCAACAAAAAGAGUCUUAUUGUCCACCAGAGAAUCCACAGUGGAGAAAAAGUUUAUGCCUGUAAGAAAUGUGGGAAUUUGUUUAUGAGCAGCUUUGCCCUCAACAAACACCAGAAUGUUCACACUUCACAGAGGCGUUAUGAGUGCAGUGAAUGUGGGAAAGGGUUCAAGAGGAAAAUCACACUCGAUGAGCACCAGAGAAUCCACACUGGAGAAAGACCCUAUGUGUGCAGUGAAUGUGGGAAAGCCUUCAAGCUGAAGAACACACUAAUUAGCCACCAAAACGUCCACACUAGAGCAAAGCCUUUCCAGUGCAGUGAAUGUGGGAAGCCCUACAGUAACAAAACAAGUCUAAUUGUCCACCAGAGGAUCCACACUGGAGUGAAGCCCUUUCAGUGCAAUGAGUGUGGGAAGCCUUACAGUUACAAAACAAGUCUAAUUGUCCACCAGAGAACCCACAGUGGAGAAAGGCCUUAUGCGUGUAGUUCUUUGUACACAGCUCCAAGGUCAUGAUCGUGUGUGUGUGUGUGUGUGUGUGUGUGUGUGUGCAUGCAC